UCGUACGCGACCAUAUUAUAGACAGACAAAUUGAUUGAUCAUUCUUAUCGUCUAUCGAACUCACCACCUCAACACCACAGUACUGAAAGCACACGAUUUGGGAGAAGCGCAAAACCUUGAGAUAAGAAACGAACAAUGGCUCCAUCUUUCGAUCCCGCGAAAGACAUCCCAAGUCUAGAAGGCAAAGUCAUUCUAGUAACAGGCGGAAACACCGGCCUCGGAAAACAAGCCAUCCAAUACCUCGCCGCCCACUCCCCAACCCGCAUCUACCUCGCCGCGCGCACAGAAUCAAAAGCCACCGCCGCAAUCCGCGAGAUCCAAACCUCGUUCCCAAACGCAAGCAUCGAAUACCUCCCACUAGACCUCUCCUCCUUCUCCUCCAUCGCAACCGCCGCAUCGACCUUCACCCAGCGCGAAUCCCGCCUCGACAUCCUCCUCAACAACGCAGGCGUCAUGAUGACACCCUACGAACUCACAAAGGACGGCUACGAGAUCCAAAUCGGCACAAACCACAUGGGCCACGCGCUCCUCACGAAGUUGCUCCUCCCUACCCUCCUCGCGACCGCGAAGAACCCGGACAGUGACGUGCGCGUCGUGAACGUCUCGAGUUUCGGCCACCACGGCGCCAUGGGAACAAUCGAGUUCAACCCUUCGAAAUGGGAGAAGCAGUGGACGUCAGUGCGCUACGGCCAGUCUAAACUCGCGAAUAUCUUGUACACGCGCGAGCUCGCGGCGCGGCACCCAGAGCUCAUGGUCGUCUCGAUACAUCCUGGGGUUAUCUUUACAGAUUUGUUCAAUGCGGCAAGGAGCCAUUGGUUGAUGCGGUUGGCGUUUCCCUUGUAUUCGGCCUUGUUUAAUUGGUUUCCGGGGCAUUAUAAGACUACGGAGGAGGGAACGCGGAAUCAUAUGUGGGCUGCGACGGUGGAUAGAAAGGUGUUGGAGAGCGGCGCGUACUAUAUGCCUGUUGGAAAGAAGUCGGGUGGGAGUUGGGCGGCGCAGAAUAUGGGGUUGGCGAAGAAGUUGUGGGAGUGGACCGAGACUGAGUUUCAGAAGCAUGGGUACUGA